ACAUACCUUUUUGGCCACCCAUCAUAUACUCUGUCUUCUUUUCUUCCCUAUAAAUUUGUCAACCUCUCGAUAUCACAUAGAGAGAGGGAGACAGGAGAGGAAGACAGAGAGAGAAGAGAGAGAUGCGGUAACCCAAGAACUGCUCUUAUGCAUGAAGUAGCCAUAAGCAUUACUAUUAGGGUUUCAUGCAGGGCAAAGCAGCUGGUUUCUGCCGCCUGAACGCCGCCGGAAUCUGCGAGGUCUUCCCGAGCAGCGUCAUCGCAUAAGGCAGCCGGCACGGCAAUGCCGGUUCCCCUUGCCCCGUAUCCGACUCCUCCGGUGCCAUUCACGCCGCCUAAUGGGGCCCAAAGCCAGCUUGUCUGCACCGGGUGCCGGAAUCUCCUCAUGUAUCCAGCUGGUGCGACGUCUGUCUGCUGUGCCGUUUGCAGCACCGUCACUGCCGUGCCGGCUCCAGGAACUGAGAUGGCACAGUUAGUUUGUGGAGGAUGCCACACUCUCCUGAUGUACAUACGUGGUGCGACUAGUGUACAAUGUUCUUGCUGCCACACCGUUAACCUGGCUAUGGAAGCAAAUCAAGUUGCGCAUGUAAACUGCGGGAACUGCCGUAUGCUGCUCAUGUACCAGUAUGGAGCUAGGUCUGUGAAAUGCGCAGUCUGCAAUUUUGUGACAUCAGUUGGGGCCUCACCUGGUGCAGAGCAGAAGCCCAGCAGCUGAUGAUAGUGUCCCUGAAAAUACUGAGAUCACCUAUGAAGGCAGCUUCUGAAAGGAUGCUUUGAGUGCACAUGCAUAGAGUUCUUCCCUGAAGCAAUUCUUUUUUUUUUCUCUCCUCAUCUCCAUUCUCCCCCAUCCACUUCUGCGUUCCUUCGAUGAAUCUGGCGAACCCGCAGAAUAAAUGAGAGUUUUGGAAAUAACUAGGGCUCAACCUCGUCGACUUGUCCGUAAAAUCAAAUGAGACAUAUAUAAACCUAUGGUAUUUUCUCUGUUUCUGAAUUUCUGAAUGUUUCACUGACUGUACUUGGAUCCAAA